GCCUCUUGUUCUAACAGAAAGAAGCCGCAGCGUAAACCAUUUCAGCACACCAAACCUUUAAACUCACACUCUUUCACUCUUUCUUUUCACACUUUUUCCCUGAAACUCAGAAGAAACCCUAACAAUCCCAAUGCGAUGACUCCUCGCGUCGACGAUUUCGAAAACGACAAUCUCUCAUCAACCGACGACGAUGGUGACGACGGCUUCAAGGAUGAUAUGGCCGCGCUCUCCCGAGCCUGCAUGAUCGUCGUCCCUGGCUCCGAUGAUAAUUUCGCAGCUGAAGACGAUGUUCCGUCGUUGGACCCUCUCACUGACGCCGGCACUGCCAUUGUUCCCGUCGCCACCGACUCGGACUCCGACGACCAGGACGACCUCGAAUGUCUUAAGAGAGUGCAGAGUGUAUACCAGCCUCUGUCCGUUCUUCCGCCGCUUGAGUCGGCGUUGGCCGUGUCUGACGACGACGAUGACGUGGAUGACCUCGAGACAGUGCGCGCCAUCAUGAAAAGGUUUGGCGACUACAACGAAGGUGGGAUAAAAAAGUUGGUUGCGGAGGAUCAGAUCUCCAGCAUGGGCUGUGAGGGUGACAUCGCUAAUGGCUCGACCCAUUUCGAUUCUGAUGGUGGUGCCACAGAGGAGUUGAUUGAAAACAUUGAAAUGCAGCUUAGUGAUUUUGUUGAGAGUUCUGAACCUGAUGCCUGGGAGUCAUCUAGAUUACAACAGAAAAGAUUGAGCUGUCCUCCUGUUGUACAGUGUUUUAUUGACGCCAUUAAGACAAAUAGGGAUUUGCAGAGAUUUAUUAGAGGUAAGUUGAUUGAGCUUGAGGCUAAAAUUGAGGAAAACAAAAAGAUAAGGAAUAAAAUUAAAGUUCUUAAGGACUUCCAGGCUUCAUGCACUAGAAGAACAGGGAACGUGUUAUCACUGAAAAAAGAUCCACGUGUUCAAUUAAUAUCUGCAAAAAGGUCUCCAAAGAAGUUUAAGAAACGUAGAAAGGUACCUGCAAUGUGUUAUGGCCCAGAAGAAAAUUCUCGUGUUGCUAAUUAUAGGAUGGUAUUGGAAAGAUUUCCACUUUCACUGGAUAGGAAAAAAUGGUCUAAGGCAGACAGGGGAAAUCUUUUUAAGGGAAUUAAGCAACAAUUCCAAGAAAUGGUGCUUCAACUCUCACUUUCACUUGAUAGAACAAGUUCAGAGGGCUUGCUUGGAGAUGCUGAUGACAUGGAUAAUAUAAUGGCAUCCGUUAAGGAUCUUGAAGUCACACCAGAGAGGAUUAGAAAUUUUUUGCCUAAAGUUAAUUGGGAUCUGAUAGCUUCUAUGUAUGUUGGUGGCCAUACUGGUGCAGAAUGUGAAUCAAGGUGGUUGAAUUAUGAAGAUCCUUUGGUCAACCAAGGUGCAUGGACUAAGGAAGAGGACAGGUCCCUUUUAUUUAUUGUCCAAGAUACGGGCAUCAAGAACUGGUUCAAUAUUGCUUCAUCAUUGGGCACAAGCAGGACUCCAUUUCAAUGUUUGUCACGAUUCCAAAGGAGCUUAAAUCCUGCCAUGCUAAAUAGUGAAUGGACUGAGGAAGAGGAUGCUCAACUAUGUUCUGCAGUGACAUAUUUUGGUAAUAGCAAUUGGCAAUGCGUGGCUUCUGUUUUAGAACGUCGGACAGGAACCCAGUGCUCAAAUAGAUGGAAAAAAUCCCUCUGUCCUGAGAAGAAAGGGAGCUUUACACAAGAGGAAGAUAUACGGUUAAGAGUAGCAGUCAUGCUUUUUGGGCGCAAAUGGAAUCAAAUAGCUAAAUAUGUUCCUGGCCGGAUCCAAUCUCAAUGUAGGGACAGAUACCUCAAUAGUCUGGAUCCUUCUUUGAAAUGGGGUGGAUGGACUGAGGAAGAGGAUUUAAAAUUAGAAGAUGCAAUUGCAAAGCAUGGGUAUUGCUGGUCUAAGAUUGCUGAAGAAGUGCCUCCCCGUACUGAUUCUCAAUGCCGAAAGAGAUGGAAGGUGUUAUGUCCUGAACAAGUUCCUUUGCUUCAAGAAGCAAGAAAGAAGCAAAGGUCUAUUAUUGGUAGUAACUUCGUUGAUCGAGAAUCUGAACGCCCAACCAUUACACUUAAUGACUUUCUACCUUUACUUGCGUUAGCUCCAAAAUCUGAUGUUGGUUCUUCAAACAUCCGGAAGAAGCGCAAGUCAAGCAAUGUUCCCAAGAAAAAGAGUUCUAAGAAAGGUGCAAAAAGAACUAAACGUACCAAAGAAGUACGAGAUACAGAGGUGUAUCACGACGAUGAGUUCUACUCCGUCUCUGCACACAGCAAUCUUCCGCAGAAGACGAUGUCCAAGAGACGCACAAAAAGUAGUCGAAAUUCUCCCCAGAAAUUAGUGGAUAUCUCUUGUAGUGACAAGGUCACUUCCAUUGAGGUUUCAGAAAACCAGUCUUCCUGUAUCUCCAAUUCUGAAAAUCAAGAUUCAGACAGCAUAACCCUUGCAUGUUUUUUACGCAACAAAUCAAAUGAGAUAUUAUCUAGAUUUACCAAACGUUUAAGUCAGACUUCCUUCGCUAGGAUUACUGAUGUUCCUGAGCAGGUUGAAAGUCAAAACCCAUCUGAUGAUCAAGGCGGUUUUUCUCAUUCACGCGAGACUGUUGGAACUAAAAAUUUGUUAGUGCAGCCGAAUAUUGCUUCUGAUAGACGAGUGAAAAACCAGGACGAAACAAAUACUUGGACAAGUGAUGAUGAUGACGACGACGACGACCAGAUGACCCUUGCAUGCUUUUUGAAAAACAAUCCAAAGAAAGAGGGUGACCCUGCCAAAUUAAAAACAGGAUCUGUAUUAUUAAAUGAAGAACAUUGUGCAAGCAAGCCAAGCAUCAUAUCUGAUGACAGUGGACCGUCAAUGUCAAAGCAUGUUGAAGAGAUGGAGACUGUUGUACAUGGUUGUGUUGCUAAACCAAUCCAUAUCAUUGUGGAAGAAAAGGUUGAUGAGCAUUUUCCUCUUCCUCCCCUCACGCAAUACAGGCCAAGGAGGGAGCAAAAACGUCCCUGUAGGUAUUUGUAG